AUGCCGGUGAAAAUAAAAGCAACAGCCGCCCAGAAGGGCAAGACUAUGGCAAGAAGGCGGAAUAAUCGGGAUCCAAAUGUAGAUGAGGGUGAAACCCAUCAUGAGGCUCCAUCAUAUAUCUCUCAUACUCCGCCUGUUGUAGAGGAACAAGAAGGAGCUUCUACUCCAGCUCCAGUGUCUCCAGUUCCUCCUCUAGGUGCCUCUGGCCAGCAGAUGACCGAGGAACAACAAGCGGCUAUAGUCGAACUCCAAAAGAAGAACAACGGCACAAGAAUAGCAGGGCCGAACCAAAUUAAUGAGCCGGCCCAUGGGGGAGAUAGAGAAACUAACAAUUGCAACGGGUCAUGUUCUAACGGUUCAGGUUCUAACAGGUCAGGUUCUAUCGGGUCAGGUUCCAACGGGUCAUCCGAGGUCCGGGAAAUGCUUGAGGCACUGGCCAAACAGAUCGACACCAAUAAGAAGAAGGUAGAAAAUUACAACUCUCGAGUGGACCAGAUCCCCGGAGCCCCACCAAUUAUAUCCGGGCUGGAUUCCAAACGUUACAUUCGGAGGCCUUUCCCGCCGAGUGUUGCCCCGAAGUUAAUCCCGAAGAGGUUUACGAUGUCGGAUAUCCCUAAGUAUGAUGGAACAACGGAUCUGCAAGAACACGUGACUUCUGAUACCUGCGCCACAAAUGGAAAUGAUCUUGAAGAAGACAAAGUUGAGUCGAUGUUGUUGAAGAAGUUCGACGAGAUGUUAUCCAAAGGGGCGAUGACAUGGUAUAGUAUGCUACCCGAACACUCUAUUAACUCUUUUGAAAUGCUUGCAGAUGCUUUUGUGAAGGCUCAUGUUGGGGCUCGAAAGAUCCAAGUGAGGAAGGCUGACAUAUUUAGAAUAGCCCAAAAGGAUAACGAAUUACUCCGAGAAUUCGUGACAAGGUUUCAGAAGCAAAGAAUGUUAUUACCCCCAGUUCCAGAUAGGUGGGUAGCCCAAGCUUUCACUAAGGGACUCAAUUCUUGUAGCUCUGUCGCCUCGUUCAAACUAAAGGAGAAUUUCUUGGAGUAUAAAGCAGUGACAGGGGCUGAUGUCCACAACAGGCGAAAUCAUCGCAGCUCAGUGAGCAGGGCUUUGCAAUUCAAGAAUAACCCUGUUGGGACAUCUGACACUGAAGAGAGCCCAAGGUUAUCCGAGUACCACUUCAACGUCGAUGCCGCUGCCAUUGUUUCUGCUAUUGGACACAUUAAGGAUGCGAAAUGGCCGAGACCACUUCGAACCGACCCUGUCCAACGGGAUCCGAACGCGGUGUAUGACUACCACGCGACUCAUGGCCACCGAACCGAGGACUGCCGACAACUAAGGGAUGAAAUCGCUCGAUUAUUGAAGAACGGAUACUUACAUGAAUUCUUGAGUGACCGAGCAAAGGGUCAUUACAAAAAUAGGGAAGCAAAUAAGAAAGUGGAAUCGGCGGAACCCCUGCACGUGAUCAACAUGAUUAUUGGAGGAGUGGAAAUUCCUCAAGGUCCAACAAUGAAGAAAACAAAAGUCUCGAUCACUCGGGAAAAGAGAACCAGAGAUUAUGCACAGGAGGGAUUCAUUUUCUUCAGCGAUGAAGACGCGGAGGGCAUUAUUCAACCUCACAAUGAUGCCUUGGUAAUCUCUAUCCUUAUAAAUAAAUCUCAGGUUAAACAUAUUUUAAUUGACCCAGGUAAUUUGGCUAACAUUAUUCGUUAG